AUGGGACCUGAUGAGAGUGUGGAAUCCGAUGAGGAUGCAUCAAUGCUCUAUGCACAAAAUCCAGAGUACUGGAGUAAACUAGCACGAAGAGCCAACAUACAUCUUAACGAAUUGGAAGAAGAAGAAGGGAAUAGCAAUACUGGAAACAGCAGGAACAAUAAUACAACUAUAAUUGGUAAUAGUACUAUGGAUAUAGUCAAAAAGAUCAAUAAUAGUGGGAUGGAUGAUCUUGAAUGGUAUAAAGAAUUGAAAGACAGGUACAAAAAGUACGUGAAUCGAAGCAAAAUAGAGGAGAAACAGUUUUAUGAAAACUUAGAUCGAGAGUAUAGAGAAGAGAGGGAGAGUAUGAAGAGAGUAGAGGAAAGCGAGGGGAAGAUGAAGAGGCUAGAGAGGCUUAUCAAGCAGGUGAGAGAGGAGGAAUGGGGGUCUGAGGAACCAGAGGAACCAGAGGAACCAGAGGAACCAGAGGAACCAGAAGAACCAGAGGAACCAGAGGAACCGGAGGAGCUUGAGUCCGAAGAGCUAGGGUCCGAAGAGCUAGGGUCCGAAGAGCUAGAGUCCGAGGAGCUAGAACAGCCACAGCAGUCAGGAACUUUACGGGUCGAGGAUACUUCAGUACCGGAUUUGAAGCCUACAGAAUCCUCGGAGUCUCCAGAAGUUGUGGAAAUUCUUUCUUCUUCUGAGGCCGAAGAGCCUAUACAGCCGAAGAAGGCCCUUAACUUGAAUCCUCGUCUUGAUGAUUAUUAUAGUAGACAUGAAGGAUCAGGGUCAGAGGGAUUAGAAGGAUCAGUGUCAGUGUCAGAGUCAGAAGGGUCAGGGUCAGAACGAUCAGAAGAAUCAGAAGGAUCAGAAGGAUCAGAAGGAUCAGAAGGAUCAGAAGGAUCAGAAGGAUCAGAAGGAUCAGGGUCAGGGUCAGAACGAUCAGAAGAAUCAGAAGGAUCAGAACGAUCAGAAGAAUCAGGGUCAGAAGAAUCGAGAUCAGAGACCCUCGAUUAUCACAAGAACUGGCAGCCAAGCAUUACUACAGUACAUACAGUCAACUAUGGAGAUGAAGUGCCUGAAGAAGAAGUACCAGAGGAGGUAGAGGAAGAUUCAAUUGAACAAUCAGAGGAGGAAGUUUUCAAUGAGCUUGAACAAUUAGAGAAGGAAGACCUCAAGCAGUCCGACCUGUCAGAACAACAGAAUUUUGUUCAUUCAGCGUCUGUCACUCAUUUAUCUCCUCAACUCGAGACUGAGAAUGAGGAUUACUGGAUGAAAAUUGCUCGCAUUACUCAAGCUGAUCCGUCUGAAGAGCCACAACAGCUAGAGGAGUCACAUGAAAUCAUAGAUAUCAACUCUCCUUUUGAAACCACAAAAGAGCUUUCUGAAGCAGCCCUCGAAGCAGUUCCUGAAUCAGCCCUCGAAGCAGCCCUUGAAUUAGCAUCUGAAUCAGCAUCUGAAGCAGGGUCCGAAGCAGGGUCCGAAGCAGCGUCCGAAGCAGCGUCAGAAUCAACAUCCGAAGCGGCCCUCGAAGCAGCGUCCGAGGCGUCAGAAUCAGCCCUCGAAUCAACUCCUCAGUCUUUAGAAGAAACCUACGAUGAUGAAGUUGCAAGCAGUGAAGACACUGCUGAUAAGACAGGUUACAUAUACGUUCAUCCCCCAGAAGAGCCUGAAAAUGGAGACUCAACAAUCGAUCCGGAGUUAUUUCAAACUGCCAUUGAAGAGACCACUCCAGAUCAGGAAGAAUUCUUUUCCGUGGCUUUAGAUGAACCAAUAGAUACAGAGAUUUCAGAGGUAAUACAGUCCGAGAAGGAAGCACAGCAGAGUGACCACCUGAAAGACGAUUCACUUUCUGUUGUUUCUCCUCCUAGACCACCUACACCUGAACCUCCAAGACUCAAUCCAUCACUACUUGAGCUCUUGGACCAAUCAAUCAACAUGCAUAAUAGGAAGUCAACCGAAGAGGUGAUUGAUAGUGAUGCCAUCGUGUCUACUCAAAGUAUUUUGGUUGACACGAGGUUGACACCAAAGAUCCUAGAAGAGGAUGAAAAGACUGUUAAUUUGGAAAACACCGAGGUUUCAGCAGAAAGUAUUGGGGCGCUUUCAGAGUCUUCAAUUAUUGCCUCAAAUAGUAGUGACAGCAUUGAUCAAAGUGCCUAUGUUACUACGCUAUACAACGAAACGUGUAAUGAAGACAACUCGGAUUUGAUACUAGCAAAUCAGACAAUGUACGUCGACGAGAAGGAAUCCUCUACAGAAACUGAGGUCAUUGAAGUGAAACCAGAGGAAUCAGAAAAAGAGGCAUCUGACCAAGCUGAAGAAGAGGACUCGGAUGAAGAUGAAGAUGAAGAUGAAGAUGAAGAUGAAGAUGAAGAUGAAGUUGAAUCUGAAUCUGAAUCCGAGUCCGAAUUAGUGCCUAUUGAAACAGAAUCUCUUGCAGAUGAAGAAGUUGAUGAGGCAUUGAUUGCACAUCCCUAUGAUUACCAGGAAAAGACAGUACAUAAUGAGAUAGGGUUAUCAGACGAGUCCGAGAACAAUAAGAGAAAGCUUGAAGACGAAGAUAAGGAAGCGUCGUUAGGAAAUAAGAUUAGAAGGAUUUUUAAUUUGGAUUGGUUAAAGAGCAAGGAGACAGGCCGAAGUGACGAUGAGACUGAUGAAAAAACAUUCAGUGAAGAAAUCAAAGAGCCAAGAGUAGAGGAAAUCAAAGAGCCAAAAGUAGAGGAAGAGGCAGAGACGGAGAAAGAAGAAGAGGAAGAGGAAAUUGAAGAGCCCAAAGUGGAGGAAGAGGUAGAGUCAGAGGCAGAGGCAAAGAUAGAAGAGGUGGAGGAAGUGGAGGAAGAGGCAGAGUCAGAGGCAGAGGCAAAGAUAGAAGAAGUGGAGGAAGAGGCAGAGACAGAGGCAGAAACGGAGAAAGAAGAAGAGGUGGAGGAAGAGGAAGAGAUAGCAGAAGAAGUGGAGGAAGAGUCAGAAGUCGGAAGUGAGGAUACAGACAAUUCUCAAACGUCCAAGAACAAAUUUUUUGGGGUUGUAAGUAACUUUGCUAACAGCAUGAUGAUGUCAGUCAGCUCGUUAGAAGCUGAUAAGACCGAAAAUGAAGAAGCUCCUUUGAGGAACACUGAAGAUCCAUCUGCUGCAGAGAAAGAAGUUAUUGGGACGAUUGAAGUGAGCCCAGAAGUUUUGAAACCAGCUGAAACAGAGGUCAAUACUGAGACAGUAGAAGAUUCUAGAGAAUCCGCAGACACAAAUCCUAGAGGAUUCCUAGGAUCGAUUUCCAAGUUUGCCGAAAACACAUGGAAUGAUGUGACUAGUUCAUCUGGUGUUUCCGAGGAGUCGGAAGAGCUCGAAGGAGCAGAACAGGAAGAGAAGCUAGGGGAGGCAAAUAAACCGAAAGCUGAAGAGCAUGAAACACCAGAGGGAUUUGAAAAGGCCAAAGAGGUUGAAGAGGCUGAAGGGGUUGAGGAACCCCCAGAAACUGAAGAAUACGAAGAACUCCGGGAGCCAGAGCAGUCAAUAACGAACACCUCUGAGAAACCUGAUGAAGCUGAUGAAGCUGAGAAAGCUGAGAAAGCUGAGAAAGCUGAAAACGUCGAAGAGGCUGAAAACGCCGAUGAAACCGAGGAAGUAAAGAAAGCCGAGAAGGCCGAGGAGCCCCAGGAACAGAAACUCGAGAAGACCGAUGAACUCCAGAAGCUCCAGGAACAACCAUCAUUCGAUGCAUCAAGGGAAGAGCCUAACAAAAAAGGACUCUUUUCAAACUUAAGAAACCUGUUGACAGUGAAAACUUUUGAAGGAAGACCCCGUAGUGAGCCUGAGGUUGAGGUUGUUUCCGCUGAAGAAAGUCUUAGUAGUGAGCCUGAGGUUGAGGUUGUUUCCGCUGAAGAAAGUCUUAGUAGUGAGCCUGAGGUUGAGGUUGUUUCCCCUGAAGAGAGUCUUAGUAGUGAGCCUGAGGCUGAAGUUGCUUCUGCUGAAGAAACACAGAUAAUCGGUGUGUAUGAGGAACCUGAGACAACCCAAAUGAUCAGCGUAAGGCCAAAUGCCGAUGAGCUUGAAGGUGACGUGACCGGACAGAUCAUAGUAAGAGAAGAAGAUACACCCAAUACUACAGAAAUGAUUACAGUGAAGCCUCCACUUGACCUUGGUGUAAUUCCCUCAUUACAGCCUGGACACGACUCUGACAACGAACAAGUGCAGAUUUUAGAGGUGAGGAAACGAACUAGUAAAGAGGAGAACGAAGGAGGCCAUAAAAGAAGAUAUAGAGGACCCACAGGAGACAGAGUGGCGAGAAGAACACGAUCUCGAUCUCCAGUGAGACGAGAUAGAGCGUAUAAAGCACACAGUCGCUUUAAUGACAGAGGAACCCGAAUAGCUACGAGAAGUGAACCAAAUACAUCACCAAUUAAGCCGGAUGCUCUACCAAAAGGAGUUCGAGACUUGGUGCAAGAGGCUGAAGAAUUUAUUGAGAAGAAAGAAGACGAGGGAGACAAUAAUGAGGCUGCCAAUGGUUCUCCAAUCGCCAACAGAGUGCGUGUGAAAACGAGACGCAACGGAGGUGCUGAAAGAAGAAUCUGGGGCACGGGACGCGGUGGGAAGCACUUUAAAGGCCGUGGAAGGAGACUGAAGAAGAAAUGA